AAACAUCAAACGUACGUAUUACAGUUGUUAUAAAGUUAACACUCAAGAUUUGCUCAAAAACAGAAAUAGAUAAUCUUGUCAGUUGAACGAAAAUACGUUUGUUUUCAUUUGAUAAGAUUCCAGAUAAAAUGUUAUAACAAUAUUCCUGUAGUGGUUUUUCAUACAGUUGUAAAAGUAGAUACGCUAAGGCUUACUGUCCGCAAAAUGGUUAAUCGUAAAAGAGUGUUUGAUUUACUUCGAACAAUCAACGUUGCGUCAUGUCAGUGUCCAGCGCACGGAAAUCGCGGCAAUAUUCAAGUAUCGAAUGCUACUCCGCAGAAAGACUAUGCUUUUGAAAUAAAGUGCUCAACUGUAAGAUAUGGAUUGGGGGUGACUCGGGAGGUUGGCCAGGACUUGGUCAACAUGAAUGCAAAACAUGUUUGUGUUAUGACAGACCCUAAUGUUGUCAAAAUGGAUCCUGUGAAAGCUACAUUAGACUCACUCACUAGGAACGGAGUCAAUUAUAAAGUGUAUGACAAGGUUCGGGUAGAGCCUACAGACACAAGUUUUAAAGAUGCAAUAGCAUUUGCAAAGGAGAACAGCUUUGACAGUUUUGUGGCUGUUGGAGGUGGUUCCGUGAUGGACACAUGUAAAGCAGCCAACUUGUACUCUACGGACCCUGAUGCCGAUUUCUUGGACUAUGUGAAUGCCCCAGUUGGCAAAGGAAAGCCUAUCAAUGUUCAGUUGAAACCUAUGAUUGCUAUUCCAACAACUAGUGGUACAGGCAGCGAGACGACUGGCGUCAGUAUCUUCGACUACGAAUCCAUUCAUGCUAAGACUGGCAUAUCCCAUGGCGCUCUACGACCAGUGCUCGCUAUGAUCGAUCCUCUACAUACCCUUACUAUGCCUGAGAAAGUAUCCAACUAUUCAGGCUUCGAUAUAUUCUGCCACGCACUGGAGAGUUUCACAGCAAUCCCGUACAAUGAGAGGAGUCCAGCACCACCCAACCCGGCGCUAAGACCAACAUAUCAGGGCAGCAACCCCAUAUCCGAUGUAUGGGCGAGAUUCUGCUUACAAACCCUUCAGAAAUACUUUACCCGUUCGGUGUACAACGCUGAUGAUUUGGAGGCACGUUCGUGCAUGCAUCUUGCUGCGACGAUGGCUGGUGUGGGCAUCGGCAACGCUGGGGUGCAUUUGUGCCAUGGUCUCGCUUACCCUAUCGCUGGAAACGUCAAGUCUUUCGUACCUAACGAUUAUGGUGCAGAUCCAAUAAUCCCGCAUGGACUAUCAGUAGUAAUGACAGCGCCUGCAGUGUUCCGCUUCACGGGACCUAGUGACCCGGCCAAGCAUUUGGAAGCUGCGAGCAUCCUUGGAGCUGACGUCUCGAACGCGAAGCAAGCCGACGCAGGCAAAGUCUUAGCUGACACUAUUCUUAAGUACAUGGAUACUAUGAAGAUUGAGAAUGGACUUAGUACUCUCGGCUACACUAGAGAGGACAUUCCUGAGUUAGUCAAAGGAGCAUUACCACAGAAACGUUUGUUGAGUAUGACGCCGCUACCGCAGACGGAAGAGGAUUUGUCCAAGUUGUUAGAAGACUCGCUCACUAUUUACUAAGCUCUAGUCUCCGACCACAAUGUUUAGAAGAUAUUACGAAAUGUACAUAAGAUUCUAGGUAUAUUUACUUGGUGCUGGAUAUUUUUAAACUAAAAUUUGUUAUGACUACAUAAUGUGGUCUCUGGUUUUAAACGUUUAUGUUUAUAGGU